ACCGGUGCAUCCGCCGAAGUCUGGUUUCUGUUACGUUACGUGCAGCACGCGUUCGUGCUGCUAUUGUGUCGCGCGUAAUUCCGCGUGCCGCCGGUCCGCUGUGAUUGUUAAUCUAUAAUGAAUACACGUUAAUUCGUGCAUCCGUCUCGCCCCGAGUGCUGCGCACGUGAAACCGUCUCGAAUUUGUCCGCGUACGAUUUACGGUACUGUAACGAUUAAUCCUUUUGUAUUCCGGCCCAAGAACUCCGAGAUUUCACAACCGUUAUAUUACGGUUCGUCUGUUGUGUCCGCGCGCCCACCAUCUCUCGUUUUUCCGCACUCGUCGCUUGUCGAUGGAAUCGAAGACCGUUAUUGUACUACAUCGUCGUCCUACGUAGUCAAUUUCAGAUCUUACCAUGGCUAACAGCGCAGAAAAUUGGUCCGAGGAACCGGAACCAAACUCGUUCCUUCUGGGCGAAGACCGCAGCACGCAGCCAGGGUUCGUCAGACAGAACCGUCGGCAAUCCGAAGAAAAAAUUAUAAGUGGUAACGUUGGAGUUUUCAAAGAUGAUCAACGGACGGAGAAAACAUACGAUGAUCCAGUGUCUAUGGCGAUCGGAGAAUUUGGCCGAUGGCAAGCCAUCCUUACUUUGAUUUUGUCCUUGUUGAACUUGCCUUGUACCUGGCAUAUAUUCGUAUUAACGUUCCAGGGGGCAGACACAGACUUCUGGUGUACGCCACCGCCGGGCGUGCUGCACCAUAUAUCUGUGGACCAAUGGAAGAAUUUAAGUGGCGUAUUCAGUGUGUCGUCGACCAAGACUUCACCAUACGACUCUUGUUCUUAUCGUGAUUUGAAUUACGAAAUUCUACUUGAAAACAAUAGUUAUGAAGAAUUAUUAAAAAGGAACACACAGAAUGAUAAGAUUAAAAUGUGUAAUUCGUGGCAAUUCAAUACAUCAGAGUUCGGGGAUACGAUAAUUUCUGAAUGGAAUCUGGUUUGCGACCGGAAAGAAUUAAAAAACUUUGCCGAGAUGAUGUUUUUGAUGGGUGUAGCUUUUGGAGGUUUCUUUUCCGGUCUCGUAUCUGACAGAUUUGGUAGAAAAAAGACGUUAAUGGCUUCUUUAAUUAUGCAGUUGACUCUCGGUAUUUUAGUUGCCAUUUGUCCUUGGUUUGAAUUGUAUAUGGUAUUAAGAUUUAUAUUGGGAUUCGUCUGUGUGAGCAUUGUCUUUAGCGGUUUUGUGUUGUGUAUGGAACUGGUCGGCGGUAAAUGGUUAACAAUUGCAGGGGUACUUUAUUUGCUCCCAGUACCGAUGAGCUAUAUAAUUAUUUCCGGCAUUGCAUACAUAUGUAGAGGAUGGAGGUUGUUGCAGUGGUGUGUUACAUUGCCCGCAGUAUUUUUUUUGGUUUUACAUUGGUUUAUACCAGAAUCACCGAGGUGGUUAUUGGCCAUGGGUAAAGUCGAAGAGACCAAGGAAGUUUUAAUUAAGGCCUCUAAAAUCAAUAACAAUCCAUUACCAGCUAAUAUAGAUAAAAUUCUCAAUCAAAGUAUUAGCAAAUUCGAGAUUAAUGGCAAACCUAAAGUUCGAGUCUCAGAUUUGUUCCGAACCAAAAAUAUAAGGAAAAUUUCACUUGUUUUAUAUAUACUUUGGUUCAGUCUGUACCUAGUAUACUAUGGUCUUGUACUUAAUCUAUCCAACAUCGGUGGAAAUAUUUACGUUAAUACUAUAAUAUCUGGUUUGGUCGAGAUUCCAUCAAUACUGAUCAGCGUAGUGAUAUUGCUCAAAAUGGGUCGAAGAUUACCUUUAUGCAUCACCAUGGUAGCUGGAGGAAUAGCGUGCCUGUUUACUACAAUUAUACCAUCAGAUACGGAAAAAUGGGUUUCGCUAUCAUUGGUGAUGGCCGGUAAAUUUUCGGUAUCCUCGGCAAAUGUCAUUAUGCCAUUGUACACGGCUGAAUUGUUUCCAACGGUCAUAAGGAAUUUAGGAGUAGGAACUUCCAAUAUACCAGCCGGAAUCGCGCUUAUCAUGGUUCCGUACCUUUGGGAUCUUUCAUCGUUUAGUUCUGUUUUACCAUUAAUGGUACUGGGAAUAGUUAGUGUCAUCGGCGGAUUAUCUGUACUUAUGUUACCGGAGACAGGCAAUCACCUUUCUGAUACACUAGAAGAAGUGGAAGAAUGUAUUAGCAUAUCUAACAAUGCACAGAAAAAAUACAUCGAUACAAUUAGUAGUAACGUACCGAUCACGCAACCCGAAAAAUAAUAACCUUAUCAUAUCCAUUAUGCAGCUAAUUGCUUAUUCAUUUGUCUUCCUAAUCUUUUAUUACGUUUUUAUGAGUGUUUUAAAAAGCUAACUUUAUUUUAUUCAUUCGACAUUUUUCUGUGAUAAAUAUAUUUAAAAACAUAGUUGAUCAAUAAGUUGACGAAAGUACUACACCGAUAAAUUAUAUUAUGUUAAUAUAGAUUUAUACAAAUAUUAAUUAUAGUUGAUUAAUUAAGAUUUUAAGUUCUUGUUAAAAUUAUGAC